AUGUCCGUCCUCCCCGGCCUAAACCUCUCCGCCCCACCCACCCUCCUCCCCCAAGCGCAAACCGCCCGCACCCAAAACCUCCCCGCGGGCUCCGAAUACCGCUUCGAAGUCUCCUUCCGCUCUUCCCUCCGCAUCAAACUCCUUACCGGCACCGCCGAGCUCUUCGGCACCGAGCUUGCCGCGUCCUCUCACCAAGCCUACACCUUCAGCGGCACCAAGGCCGCCAUCUACACCUGGGACGGCUGCACGCUCGAGCUGACCGGCGAGACGGAGAGCGAGUACGUCGCGGAAGAGACGCAGAUGAGCAGUUAUGCAAACGUGCACUUUGCGCUCGAGAGGCUGAGAGAUAGCGCGCAGGCGGCUGGGGGCCUGGGACCGCGGGUGCUGAUCGUGGGGCCGGAGAAUGCGGGGAAGACGAGUCUGGCGAAGAUCCUGACGAGCUAUGCGAACAAGGCGGAGAGGCUGCCCGUGGUGGUCAAUCUGGAUCCCAGGCAGGGCAUGUUGGCGCCGCCGGGCGCCUUCAGCGCGGCGACUUUUGCGGGGAUUCUGGAUAUCGAGGAGGGCUGGGGAAGUAGUUCGAUCAGUGGGCCGACUGCUAUUCCGGCGAAGGUGCCGCUGGUCUAUCAUUAUGGGUUGCCGAGUCCGGAGGAUAACUCGGCGGUGUUCAAGCCGUUGGUUACUAGGAUGGCGCUGGCGGUCACGAGUAGGCUGGAGGAGGAUCCGGAUGCUAGGGUUUCGGGGUGUGUCAUUGAUACAGCGGGUUCGAUUAGCCAGGGGAAGGGUGGCCAGUAUGAGAAUAUUCAGCAUAUUGUAUCUGAGUUUUCGGUGAAUGUCCUCCUCGUCCUCGGCUCUGAACGUCUCUCCAGCGACCUCUCCCGCCGGUUCUCUGCUAAGAAUGGUGAAGAUGCUGUCGCAGUAGUCAAGCUUGACAAAUCCGGCGGUUGUGUCGACCGGGAUGAAUCCUACAUGCGCCAGCUCAGGCAGUCACAGAUACGGUCAUACUUCUUCGGUCGGCCGGGCAGCACGCUGAGCCCACAUACGCAUAUGCUGGAUCACAACCAGCUCAACAUCUUUAGGAUCGACCAAGCUUCCGCCCAUCCGAACCUCUCAUUCCUUCCCGGUGACGAUGAAGACAACGCAGCAGCCUCGACCUCACUGUAUGAGCAGGUCCAACCGUCAAUGAUGAUGCAGAACUGCCUCCUGGCUGUCACGUCGGCGGACCCCUACGAAAACGAGGAGAAUAUUCGUGACGCGAGCGUUAUGGGUUACGUUUAUGUUGCAGACGUGGACGAAGCCAAGAAGAAGGUAAGGAUACUGGCGCCCGUCAGCGGGCGAGUACCUCCGAAAGCACUGGUAUGGGGCAGUUGGCCCGAGGACGUUGCAGAUCUUGUAGGAUAG